AUGGCGGUCCGUAUAAUCCUCGAUAGGCCGCAUGCAUACUUUACAAACCUCGAUUACAUCACCGGUAAAGCGGUGUUAUCUCUCACGACCGAAACGUCCAUAGCUUCCAUUGUCGUGAAGUUGGAAGGAGAGAGUCGCACCCGUCUAGCCUCGGCAAAGUAUCCGCAUAACGAACGAUCGGACAAGAAACGGACAGAGAUCGAAUUGCACAAGCUGCUAUACAAGGUCGUCACGGUUUUCCCGUCGCCAGAGAUACUGGAACAUGCAUCGCCUAAUUCAUUCUAUACCCUAUCGCCGGGCAUGUAUGAGUAUCCGUUUCAGUUCAAAUUUCCGUUUAACACCGACUGUAUCGAUAACCAGCUGGCCACAAAUUUAAAUAUGGCUGGUAUACGGGUGGAGGUUGCUAGAGAUACAAAUCAGCAUAUCAGGAGGACGCUUCCGCCUUCGUUGAGCGGGUUUCCGGGCGAAGCCGAGAUCAAGUAUUAUGUCAAGGCAACCGUGGUGAGACCGCAAUUCUACAAGGAGAAUUACAGAGGGUUUGCGGAUUUCAAAUUCCUGCCUAUUGAACCGCCGCGGAAGAAGGAGGUUGAUAAGGAGUUCUACGCGAGACGAGAACAUCAGUUCAAGUCCAGACUGCCACAGUCACCGCGGGAGAAAAAGGGCCUCUUUAAAGGCAGCUCUGAAAACGAUUUGCUUCCUCGUUUCUCCGUUGAUGCACGCCUGCCCAGCCCGCCAAUAUUAACAUGCAACGAACCGAUACCGCUCCGAAUAUUGAUCAAGAAGCUCAAUGACAGUACCGACACUGUUCAUUUCCAACUUCUUCAGUUAGAACUUAUAUCCUACACUCAUGUUCGCGCGCAGGACCUUUCCCGUUCCGAGAGUGGGAGCUGGGUCAUUAAUACCCGAAGUAAUAUCGGCAUGCCGCUAGGCAAUGGUAGCGAACGAGCAGGUAAAGAGUGGAAAGUGGAUGCGGAGAUGUGGAAUCGUAUACCGCUACCUAGUUCCGUCCCACCCUCGUUUGAGACCUGUAACCUGUCGAGGACGUAUGAGCUUGAGAUAAGGGUCGGACUGGCCCAUGGGCCGACCGGGUCGAAGCAAGAACUUGUCGUCCUGCCGCUACGUAUGGCAGUGCAGGUCUUCUCUGGCAUCGCUCCGCCUCAAGCCCUACUUGACGCAAUGAACGGUCAGCCGUCAAAGGGACCUAUGCCAGCACCCGUACAGAGCCCAGUCUCCGGCUUUGGCAACCAUAUACCGCCCAGCCAACCCAUGCACAGCCCCGGUCCUGGUCCAGGCCCUGGCCCGAUGAACCCGGCAAUACCACCUCCCCAACCCCCGCGCCCAAGUCCAGCGACAUAUCCUAUACCCAUGGAAAAUUAUGAAGAAGCUCCCCCGCCCAGUUACGAGGAUGCGAUGGCGGAUGCUCUUGCGCCAGUGGAUGGCCCCAGGCGCGAGUAUAACCCACUUGCCGCAACACAACGUUCUUCAUCAUGGACUGCAACUGAUGCUAGGACUUCAGUAUCCCCCGGUAAUCCCAGAAGCAACAGCUUCGGCAGCCCCUCUGGCCCCGGUGGUUACGAUAUAGAUUCAAAGAGCGACGAACGAUUAUUUCCCAGCGAGGCCGAAUCACACUCUCCUACGUUUGCGUUCACGAGCAUCCCGCCUGUAUCGGUUGAGAGAGACACCACCACCGCAGCCGAGGAGAACGGCUCCCCCUCCACCACACCUUGGUAUGCCGGCUAG